GGCCAAUCCUCUGAGUCGGGGGCGCGUACGGCGAAAACCGUACGUCUCCGGAUUGUUCCCGUUAGUUGCACGUCUCUCCUCCCCCCUGUAAUUUACACCAGUUCUCGCAGGGUGUCACCCGUGUGGGGCCCCUCAGUGCUCCGCCAGAGCCAUGACCGGGACCCCGCCCGUCCAGAAUCCUCCUGUCACCUUUGAUGAUGUUACAGUCGUCUUCUCGGGGGAAGAAUGGGAGACGCUGAACGACCAGCAGAGGGCGCUCUAUAUGGAAGUGAUGAGAGAAAACUAUGAACAUUUCAUCUUUUUGGGGUUUAAGAUCCCGAUUAUAUUAUCCUGGUUACAGAGCAGACCCCCAGCGACCGUAUCGUCCACCUCAGCUGGUGCACAAGGGACAAAAAUCAGUGAGAAGCCUGCCACCAGGGCAAGGACUCUUCGGUCACAGAAGGCUCCGCUACCUGAAAUACCAACAAAAGCUCCUCCCAAGAGGCCCCGACAGGAUGACCAGGAAGAUAGCCAGAACGAGAACCAAUACGAUCCCGUCUCUUCUUCUCCCAGAAAUCCCAAAAAGCAUAAAAAACUGUGCUGCCCGCAUUGCGAUAAAAGCUUCAAAUACAGCUCUGCUCUGGAUGCCCACCUCCGGGUCCACAGCGGAGACAAACCUCACAAGUGUGACCUCUGUAAUGAGAGCUUCAGUUAUAAGUCGGGGCUGAUCGUCCAUCGACGGAAACAUUCCCGAGCCUUGGCUGUUGUACCGCAGGGUAUGGAAAAUAUGGUUCCAGUCGAGACUGGCGGUAAACCAACAUCCAGAGGCACGAGAAAGGGCGGAAGAAGGAAGAGGAGAGGAAGGAAAAAGAAUAGCAAGACGGCCUCGAAAAAAAGCUCAGUGGAUGACAAAGUCUCGAAAAGAAGCUCGACAAAUAGCAAGUCCGCGACAGGAAACACAACGCUUAGCAAGGCCCCGACGGGAAAUGCAACGCCUAGCGAGACCUCGACAAGAAGCUCGAUAAAUGGUGAGACUUUGAAAAGCACAAAGAAUAAGGAGGUCCCGAAUGCAAGUGUGAUGGAUAAGGAGGCCCCGCAUACAAGUGCGAUGGAUAAGGAGGCCCCGCAUACAAGUACGAUGGAUAAGGAGGCCCCGAAAACAAGUUCAACGGAUAGCGAGUCCUCAAGUACGGUGGCGUCUUCAAGGACCAAUUCUAAUCGAACAGUUGCGCAAACUGAGGGCGAGAAGCCGCUCAAAUGUAAUUACUGUGAAAAGAGGUUUAACAGCCGGACGAUCCUGGAAGCCCACCACCGGAUCCACACCGGCAAACUGGCCUACCCCUGCAAAUAUUGCGAUGAAAGUUUUUCAAAGGCGUCUCUUCUCGCCUCUCAUACCAACAAGCACAGGGAGUGCAAACCGCACCAGUGCGACCAGUGCGACAAAACCUUCAACGACCAGGCGCUUCUCUUGGCUCACAAGAGGACGCACACCGGGGAGAAACCUUUCCAGUGCGGCGAAUGCAACAGCUGGUUCCCGAGCCAUAAUAGCCUAACGGCACACGAGCAAAGCCAUCUGAAGCCCAAGCCUUACAAGUGCCGGCACUGCGAGAAGAGCUUCAACGACAAGACCCUGCUCACCACUCACGAGGGAGUGCACACGGACACCAAGCCCUUCAAGUGCACAGAGUGCAAGGAGAGCUUCUUCCUGAAAGCCCAACUGCAGGAGCACCAGUCCAAGCACGCCCCCGACAAACCCUAUCCCUGCGGCCAGUGCGACAAGAGCUUCUAUAAGAAAGCGACUCUCGUGGCCCAUAUUCGGGUUCACAACACACAGAGCAUGCAGCUACAGAAAGUUAAUGGGCAGUGAGAUGGUGACUAGUGCCCUGGUGGCUUUAGAUACUCGUGGUCUUUUAUCCCUACAGAGGGCCCCC